CCCCAUCAAUUUUUUGAUGACGUGGCAAACGAAAUUGUUGAAUUGGCUGUCAAGUUGAUGAGUCAUGCAAUUUGACCGUGGGCCAGCUUGGUGACGUGGAGUCUGACCUCUCUAAAGGACAAGGUCUCGCCCAAAUCUGAGUCGACGAGGGCGGAGAAAUCGGGAGAUGAGGUGACGGCAGCGGAGCUAAAGAGGAAGGAGGUCAGUGAGAGGUCUGGGUCUGUCGGGAAAUGACCGGUGGUCUAGGAGAGGAGUAGAUCUGAGUGGCGGCGGAGGGGCUGAUGAGAUUGUUGAGGAGGAUGAGUGAGAUAAAGUGAAGGGGUAGAGCAAGCGAUGGAGGAUGGUGUGGUGGCUUUUAGAGACGACUUCCACACGGUGGCGGCGAUUGCUGUUCUGCACGGGGGCGAUUGCCCGAAGCAUUCCAAUCGUCGUAUUUCGGCUUCCUCGCAAUCUCCUCCCCCAAUGCUGCCGCGACUACUUGCAACCCGGCAUACACAGUCGGCCAAAUCUCCAACCAGCGAUUCCAAUCUGAAACUAAUCGUCACCGUCCCUGAACUCGUCGACUAGAUCGCCGGUUUCGAUAUGCCGCUGAUUCUGCUGGAUGAUUCUCUGGGCUGCCGAAUUCGAUGCGACGGGGACAGUUUGGCAGUACUCGGAACUAAUUAGCCGGAGAGGGAGAAGCGGAACCAGAGUUGCUAGAGGCAGAGGUGAAGCGGAGCAGUGCGACAGCUCUUUUCUACUUGUCGGGGAUGGGAGGGAAGAGCAAGGAGAUGUUGUCGAGCCCUCUUGUCUCCCUGGUCUUGUUUGCCGGCAGAAGGUAGAAGAAGGAGGGGAAAAACCGAGAGGGUUAAGGUUAAUGUUGGGUUGGGUUUUGUUUAUUAGUUCUUUAGGCUUUUUUUGUUUGUUUGUUUGGUUGGGUAUUGUGGGUGUGGGUGUGGCUGUGGCGGACUAGGUGAUCAAUUGCAUGACUCAUCAACUUGACAGCCAAUUCAACAAGUCUGUUUGCCAUGUCAUAAAAAAAUUGACAGUGUUAACGGACUUUGACGGAGACUAGCGGUCAGUGACUAAUGGUGAAACGAUUCGUAAAGUUAGUGGCGAGUUAGAAAUAAAAGUAAUUUGAGUGGCAAACGUGAAAGAUUUACGUAAUUUGAGUGACCAAACAUGUAAUUUAGCCAAAGAAAAACAAAGUUGUUUUCUGGCUUAGUGUUUUUCCUCCUCAAAUAUUGUCAAGCAGGAAAUUUUCAGCAAGGGCUUGGUGUUCUUCUUUUCUUUUCCGUUUUAAACAAAUUUCAAUAGUUUUUUCCUGCGCAAAUUAUUGAGUUAGUUUAAUUUAUUAAUCCAAUAUUCUACUAUAUUAAACAAUCAUUUCAAAAAAAUUAUGAUAAAGGACAUCAUCACAAUUGUCAAGGCUACAUCUUCGUAUGUGCAAUAUAACCGAUAAAUCACAUAGUCAUGUGAACAUUUGUAAUAACAUGCUAAUGUGGUGGAAUGGAAUGGAGUGGAGGUUAAAAUGAGGCAGGGGCGGACAUUAGUGCGGUUAGGACAGCAUCACACCGCACCACAUCAUAAUCGGACCGCACUGCAUGUUCGAUCGCAAAAUUAUUGGUGCAGUGCAACCAAAUCGCAUAAGUUAACGGUUUGGUAUGAUUUAGAAUGCACGACAUUUUGACCGCAAUUCAUUUUGGUUUGUACGUAAUUAAAUAACAUUGACUUUGUUUCCCUGCCACCAAAACAGAGCAGUCCUCCCAACAAUCUUUACUCCUUACACAAUCGUCGAUCCAAGCCUUGAUUUCUUUCCCCGGAGAUCCAUGCCUACUUCUUCUUCUUCUGAUCCGCACUACUUAGGGGUGGGCAUUGGUGCAGUCAAACUUCUCCAAACGGCACCGAAUCGCUUUUAAGAUCAAGUCAAAUUGGACCGCAAUAUGGUCUGAAUUUUUAGCGGCUCGCGAUUUGCAGUCGGAUUAAUCCAAAAACCACACUGUUGCGGUUCAAAACUUCAAACCGUAAAUGAUUUGCAGCCUAGUAAAUGAUUAUAUUGCUCAGCUUAGGAGAGGGCUACUUACAUGUAAUCGGCAGCGGAAUCCAUGUCCGACCACAACGAUCUCCUGCUCGCUUGCCUUCUGGGAAUUACUACUGCUUCCCAAUUGGUACUGUUGCAAUUAGCAUGAUCAUAAGCAAUGCCCGCCAUGGCAAAGUGCAGCAGAGCAGUUUCCCCCUAUUUCUUUCUUUGCCAGAUAUGGGUUUAUCAGUUCAUCUCAAUUUCUCUUACUAUUGAAGAAAGCCAAAACAGAGCAGUUUCCACCUCACGGAAAAAGUGAAAAAAAUAUGUAGGAAACCAACUUUGAUAAAAAAAAAAGAGAGAGAGAGAGAGAAUUCGCCAUUACAAACAGAAACAAGCUUUUCUCACCAGAGCUUCAAGUCACUUCUUCUUCUUCUUCUUCUUCUUCUCAAAUGAAAAUUAUGGUCCCUUAUUUUCUCUUGAAAUUGAUGAUUGCCAACACACUCUAUUUUCAUGUUAGUACUCUGUUUCUUCUCCUUCCGCUGCUGUUGCCGCCGCUUCUAUUCUCUCAAAGCUCUCCAUUUAUCACUGAAAGAAGACAGCGACUCCCAUCUUCCCCUCCUAUCUUGGCCGAUUCAGCAAAGUUGUCGGUGACUUCUUUGAUCUCCAAUUCAGUGAACACCAGUGAUAAUUGGGUCAUGGGUUCUGUUGAAGUUGAAGCCUGCUAUGCUCUGCUUUUCUUCAGCUCCUCUGCCUCUCUUGUCACUUUACCAUGCUCCAUCUGCAAUUUGUCUCAUUCUAGCUUUUGAUACUUCAUAAAUUCCACGACGGAGGUAAUCUUCUACUCCAGGCUCCAGAUCUUUCACCAUUUGAUCAUAAACCGCCAUUUGUCUAUCGAGCGUAUUUUUCUGUUCCAAGGCAACCCGAAGUUCUUCCUUCUCUUUUGCGAGGACCUCCUCUUUCCUUACGCCGCCUCAACUCUUUCGAAAAAUAUCUAACCAAUUAAUUAUUCAUUUUUUAGCCUAAUUGUUCGUUCUCUUAUGGUCUGGCCAGUAAAUUGAAAGGUUCCUAGUUGGUAAGUGAAGGUUGAUUUAGCUUUUAGUUAUCUAUCACUUAUAAUAAAUUGCCGUCAAAUAUGCUAUGCGGUAUAAAUCGCACCAAAUUGCUAAUUUAUGCGGUUUGGUUUGACAGCUUCAUUUACAAUGUGGUCCAACAUGCGGUGCGGUUUAUAUUAAUACAGUGUGGUGCAGGCCAAACCGCAUCAACGCCCACCCCUAGCACUACUCGGCCACAGACGACAACCGCUCCCACUCUCGCCAGUGGAGGCGUCGGUUGUCCAGGAGCAGGAGGGGGUGGUGAAGAUGAUGACGGAUUUGUGCAUUAAGCUUUUUCUUUGUCCUGUUCGAAAUGAGUAUUGAAUUGUGCCGCUAAUUUUGCUUAUCCAGGUCGAUGGCUUAUUGCCUUACGGUGCGUUUUGAUAGGUGUAUUUUAAAUGUAAUGUAUUUGAAAUACUAGUAUUUAAAAUGCAUUCAUUUGAAAUAAAUGUAAUUCAAAUUCCUUGUUUGGAUGCUCAUUUGUAAUUUGUUUGUAUUUUAAAUUUUAUAGUUUUUUAUUCUCAUUUUGAAUUUUCUGGUCACUUACUACAAUUUUUGGUAAAUUACAGUUUGGUACCUAAAUUUAUUUUUUCUUACAAUUAGGUACCUAAACUUUUAAAAUUUUGGUAAAUUACAGAAAUUUUGAUGAUAAAAUUACAUUUUGGUACCUUUAUAUGUUUUGACUCACACUAUAGUACCUAAACUUUUAACAUUUUACAAAUUGGUCCAAUCUUUUGCUAGGAGGUAUUUCAAAUCACUAGUUGUUGAAAUGCAUUUGAAUUUUGAAGUUGACAAGUAAUACACUAGACAUGUAUUUGGAAAUCACCCCAUGAAUUUGGCACAAAUCUAAAUACUAAAUGUAAUUAAUAUCC